AUGGCGGCUGGUGGAGGAAUCCUGCUGAGCAGUGGGCACAAGAUGCCCAUCAUCGGACUCGGGGUGUGGAGGAUGGAGGGGAAGUCCAUCAGAGACCUGGUCCUCUCUUCUAUCAAGAUCGGUUACCGGCAUUUUGACUGCGCUGGUCCGUUCUCUACCUCGCUGACUACUUUCACCGACCACAAACACCUAGGGGGAAAGAUCACGGCUCUUUCUCUCCUUCUCACGCACACUCCCUUCGUCGACUUAUUCAAAUUUUUAGAAAUCUUCACCCAACUUUACCGCUACGUCCGAGAUCUCGCGUCAGCGAAUGCUACGUAGAUCCGCAUUUUUAUUUGGUGGAGGGUUACAGUAGAUCGGCUGGCUGCAUGGUUUUUAUUGACGGUGGAUCCUUUAUUUUUAAUAUUUUCCUUUCUUCUGAUUUCAUUAUUCUUGAUGCAAAGCAAUAAGAAAAAAAUCCGAAGGAUUUCCGAGAAAUGUAGACAUAUUUUAUUUUUUAAACUUUUUUUGGAAUAUGCUUAUUUUUUUGUUUGUUCCACUUCGUUGAGCGUUAGAAAUUUUGAUCUGUUUUGACUUUGAUCAUUGGCUCUUAACUCUUUAUCCUGUUUGAAGUUCUCUACUAGGAUUUUCCUUUGCUUUCUUUGUACUUCUUCUGCUGCCCAAGUUGGCGGUAGGGACGUCUACCCGGCACAACGAGGGAAUAUUUGAGCCGUCCGUUAUCAUUUACACGAUCGUUUCUUAAAUCAACGUCACGUGCAGCUGAUUAUAAAAACGAGGCAGAGGUUGGAGAUGCUCUCGCAGAAGCUUUUGAAACUGGACUCGUUAAGAGGGAAGAGCUGUUUAUCACGUCUAAGGUGACCUUUCGAAUAAACUCAGGAAGACGGGAUAGUCCCUAUUUUUUGUAUGCUCAGUUAAAAUUUUUUUUCAUCCAUAAAACAGCUGUGGAAUUCAGACCACGGGCACGUCCUUGGAGCGUGCAAAGACAGUCUGACGAAACUCAGGCUAGACUACCUGGAUCUUUACCUUGUCCACUUCCCCGUGGCUAUAAAACACACUGGUGCCUCACCAACUUUUGCUUCUAACUCAUAUAAAUACAUUUUCUUUUUUAGUUGAUUUCUCGUGUCACCAUGUACAUUUCUUUGCCCAGCAUACUUUCUAAUCUUUCGUUGCUUAUUUUAUCCAGGUGUUGGAAAUACCUCUAGUGCUCUUGAUGAAAAUGGAGUGCUGGAGAUAGACACAACUGUAUCCUUGGAAACUACUUGGCACGCCAUGGAAGAGCUUGUAGAGUUGGGUUUGUCACGCAGCAUCGGAAUAAGGUAGGAAAGCAAGAAGAAGAAAUCUAGAUCAUGGUUUCAAGAAUUAUUUACGGAGUGCUUUUCCUUUGUUAUCCUCCCAGUACAUGAAAAGUAAGCAUAAUCCCAUAUUGUGUAAAUGGUGUUUUUAACAUGCACAUUUUGCAUAGAAAUAAUAUCAGUAUUAUAUCAUUUCAGAGGAUUUUCGCCAUAUGAAAAGCACGAUUACCAUUCAUUCCCCCUUUAGGGUUCUACCCUAUCUAAACAUUUAGUAAUAAGAUUUUAUAGACCCAUAGAUCAUUCGAAUUGUACUCUUAAAACCAAGAAGUGCAAACAAUGAAUAGGACAAUCAGGGAGCAAUGGAGUUUCAAGCGAACUACCUGGGGAUUUAAUAGAAACACAGAUAAUGCCGUUUUCUCUUGAAACCAAUAAUAACAGACGAGAGAGAUUCAAUGGAAAUACUUAAUAUUAUUAGAAAUUUAUCACUUUGAAUCCAACAAAAGAUGUUUUGGUGAGACCUACAUCUUUAAACACAUUAGUUCCAACUCCUUUUUUUGAGAAUUUGGUUAGACAAUAAAGUCAAUUAACUCUUCUGUGAGAUUCAUGGGGUUACAGUGGCUGUUGAUUUUGAGAUUCAUUUUUGGUUUCGCGCGCAAAAAUCUCCAUUAUUCCGGCGUCUUUGUUGUUAGUAGAGUUCUUGCUACCAGUUUUGUGUGCAAACAAUUCUCAAGAUAAGUUUCGACAGAUUUGACAUGUCUAUUCAGAAUGGAGGCCCAGAAAAGGUUUAUUUAAAUGAUUUUAUAGGUGUCUUCUUAGCCUCAGUUGAAUACUAAGCCCUUACACAUCCAAGAUAUAUCGAACCUUGAAUGAGUUAGUGGCCACAACAGUGGAGACUAUCAGAGCAGGCCGAAACCUUUUUGGAAUCAAUUCUGGACUAAGGAGCGUUCUGAUUGACGACUCGAAAUAAAUUGAAACAGUUCCUCUCUCCCCUGUUUUGCAAGGGGGAACAGGGAGAGAGAGGGGUUGUAGGGAGAGAGAGUGAGAGCGAAGGACAGAAAAGGUGGGUGGGGGAGAGAAAGAGGUCAUGGUGAGACCCAAUGUCGACAGAGGAGAGAAAGACCUCUUUUUUUAAUCUUUCUGGUUCUGUUCCGUAAAAAUGGCUGGUGACCUACUAUCUACUGUCCAACUGCUACUACUGUAGAUUUUGCAUGCCUUUUUAAAUAUGUACUUGCUUUUUAGAUCUCUUGCCAAGUGUGGAUGUUUUUGGUAUGAAGUUAUAUUGUAAUUCUAUACCAAUGUCUGCAAGCCCUUAGACCUGCCUAUGCCAAUUUCUCUACUUAGCAUACUUCUCUUGUGAAUAUAGAAGGGUAGAAUAUAGAAGGGUAGAUUUAUUAGGAGGUUAAUCUUAUCUGACCGCUAAAUUCUAGAUUUAUUUUGGAUUAUUCUGGUGCAUAAGACCUUGUUAACUGAGGAAGAAAGAGCUGCUGAUCAAAUACAUUGCAAACUUAACUGGGUUCCCAGAUCUAAUCGUUCGUCUAAUGUUCAGCAACUAUGAUAUCUUCCUCACGAGAGAUUGCUUGGCCUACGCGAAGAUAAGGCCGGCGGUGAACCAGAUAGAAACCCACCCCUACUUCCAACGCGAAUCUCUGGUGAAGUUCUGCCAGAAGCACGGGGUCUCUGUCACAGCCCACACCCCUCUGGGCGGGUCAACGGCUAAUGCCGAAUUGUUCGGCUCGGUCUCCUGCCUGGACGAUCCAGUCAUCCAAGUAAGCCUCCGAGUGCCCUCCCUAGCUUUGUAAAAAUAAUUAUUUUGAUGUGAUUCAACCAUCACAUUUUAAUUAUUAGCGUCUAUCUAGGAUAAUCCGCGUCCGAGUAAUUUCUUUUUUUAUUUAUUUAUGAAAUCCACGAACAGUAACUUAACAAUCCCUGGGCUCGGUGGCAUCCACAGGGCUUCGCCGAGAAAUAUAAGAAGACGCCGGCUCAGUUUGUUCUUCGCUGGGGCAUCCAGCGGAACAUCGUUAUCAUCCCGAAGACAGCGAAGCUGGGGAGGCUGCAGGAGAACUUCGAUGUCUUCGACUUUGAGAUCUCUGCAGAGGAUAUGGAGAAGAUGAAGGCUCUGGACAGAAAGUACCGCACCAACCAGCCGGCAAUUUUCUGGGGGAUAGAUCUCUUCGCUUAG